AUGGAGCACGCGUCCCUUUGCCGUAUCAAGCGCCACCUCGGGGACACUGGAGCGUACCCACCCACUAUGGUGGGCUUCGGGUCACACCUCUCCACUGAAAACUUCAUGCUCGAGCUCUACUACCAGAUUACCAACGACCCAACUAGCGGCAACCAGGCCAUCCUCGGCCCAGAUCUGGAAAAGGCAUUUGACAAUGUCGCACAUGCAGCGAUCGUGAGCCGCAUAAACAAGCUCAACAUGGACGAGAGAAACUACAACUACAUCGGAGACUUCCUGUCACGCCGCACAGUCACCCUCGUGGUCGACAGCAUGACAUCAGACGAACAUGCACUGGAGGCACAGGCACUCCUCAAGGGUCGGUCAUAUCCCCGCUCCUUUUCAACGUCGUGA